GCAUCUUUGUGCGAAAGCAGAGCUCACAGUGGGUUGCGAACCCAGGCCGGGUAACGGGUGUGUGUGAGUGAACCGAUGAUGUGGCGAUGGUUGCUUGUGUUGCUUCUCUUACGGCCGAGGCACUGGGCCCUGGGGAAGCCAUCCUCUGAAGCAGGAGCCCAUGGCCAGGGUAGGGUCCACCAGGGAACCCCCCUGAGCGAGGCCCCCCAUGAUGACGCCCACGGGAAUUUCCAGUACGACCACGAGGCGUUCCUGGGACGAGACGUGGCCAAGGAAUUUGACCAACUCAGCCCAGAGGAAAGCCAGGCCCGACUUGGGCGGAUCGUGGACCGCAUGGACCGCGCUGGGGACAGCGACGGCUGGGUGUCCUUGGCUGAGCUCCGCGCGUGGAUCGCGCACACGCAGCAGCGGCACAUCCGAGACUCGGUGAGCGCAGCCUGGCACACCUACGACACGGACCGCGACGGGCGCGUGGGUUGGGAGGAAUUGCGGAAUGCCACGUAUGGCCACUAUGAGCCCGGGGAGGAGUUUCACGAUGUGGAGGAUGCUGAGACCUACAAGAAGAUGCUGGCUCGGGAUGAGCGGAGGUUCCGGGUGGCCGACCAGGACGGGGACUCCAUGGCUACUCGGGAAGAGCUGACAGCCUUUCUGCAUCCCGAAGAGUUCCCUCACAUGCGAGACAUCGUGGUCGCGGAAACCCUGGAGGACCUUGACAAGAACAAAGACGGCUACGUCCAGAUGGAAGAGUACAUUGCUGACCUGUACUCUGCGGAGCCUGGGGAGGAGGAGCCUGCCUGGGUGCAGACAGAGCGGCAGCAGUUCCAGGACUUCCGGGAUCUGAACAAGGAUGGGCGGCUGGAUGGCAGUGAGGUCGGUUACUGGGUGCUGCCUCCAUCCCAGGACCAGCCCCUGGUGGAGGCCAACCACCUGCUGCACGAGAGCGACACGGACAAGGAUGGCCGUCUGAGCAAAGCUGAGAUCCUCAGCAACUGGAACAUGUUUGUGGGCAGCCAGGCCACCAACUACGGGGAGGACCUGACAAGGCACCAUGAUGAGCUCUGAGGCCUAGGCCUGCUCCGACUUCUGACCUCAUGGGGCAACCGAGGGGCCGAGGCAGGCUGCCCCUCCCUCCAGGGCACGGGCUCAGCUUUGGUGCCCCCAGUUCUUAGGUCCUCAGGGACCCACCCAGUCACCUUUGGUCUCUGAGACCCCUGCCACCAACCCUGGGGUCCCCAACCUGCCCAGGACACUCAGGCACUCCAGGGAUAAGCGACACCCACUAAUACCAUCCCCCAGCAGAGAUCCUGGGCCCAUACCCUGACCCAGCCCCAAUCUGAGCCUCAACCACACACAAGGUAACCUGUACUGCCCACUGUCCAGGAACAAUAAAAGCCACUGCGGGGGUC